AAACCCGCAUCCACGUCCGUCCGCCCCCAUGUUUACUCUUCCAAAAAGCAAAAGGCAAACUUGUUCCGAUUCCCUACGCACUCGCUCCCUGGCGUCCACCCGAAGCAACCGUCCCUCCCUCUUCCUCCUUUUCGCGCUGUUCAGCUUGUCGUUUUCUCCAUCGCAUCCUCCCACCCCUCCUACCCGCCUCCAUCGAAGAACCCGCCGCCGCCACGAACGCGCCGCGAAAUGGCUGACUGGGGCCCAGUGCUGAUCGGGGUGGUGCUGUUCGUGCUGCUGCAGCCGGGGCUCCUCUUCCAGCUGCCGGGUCACCACCGGCAUCUGGACUUCGGGGGCAUGAAGACCAACGGCAAGUCCAUCGCCGUCCACACCCUUAUCUUCUUCGCCCUCUACGCCAUCCUCAUCCUCGCCGUUCACGUCCAUAUCUUCGCCGGCUGAUCUCGACUUGGUGACGAACAGUUCCUUCUUUCCUUUUCCUUACUGAUUCUUCAUUUCCCGCUUCUGCUUCUGGUGGAUGUUAACCUGUGACUGGAGUUCUUGACGGACGGUUUUCUCUUCCUUUUCAAGAAAUGGCAUUGUUGCUAUCGUUGCUUUCUGGGUAACUGAGGUGCUUCGGCAAAGUCUUAUCUAGACAAUGUGAAAAGAGCUGAUGUAAUUACAGCCGUUAGAUUAUUGAUAAACCUUAAUCGGUGUUCGCGUGAUCGACGACUGAGAUUAACCAUUGUGAUUGAAUUUACAUUAAGCAAAUUCUUCCACAUUAUUGUU